UGAGGGGGUAGAGAGAAAUCCGGCGAAGUGAGGAGAAGGAGAAGGAGAAGGAGAAGACGACCAGGUUGUCCUAGCUGAAGAAGAGACCAGUUGUUGCAACUCCACCUGAACCCCGAGGCAAUGGAUAAUGUUAGCAGUGGGCCCGAACCCCAACCAACCGUGGCUCCGCAGAAUUCGAACCCGGAUCCAGGUCCCCGAGCCGGUUCUCCAGGUCUGUUGCAGUGUUGUGCCCGCUGCCUGGUGGGGGCGCCUUUUGCCUCGCUGGUGGCCACGGCCCUGUGCUUCCUGGGGGUGGCGCUGUUCUGCGGCUGCGGCCACGAAGCCCUGACCGGCACCAAGCACCUAGUCGAGACCUACUUCUCCAAAAAUUACCAGGACUAUGAGUAUCUGGUCGACGUGAUCCAUGACUUCCAGUACGCCAUCUACGGAGUAGCCGGCUUCUUCUUCCUCUUUGGCGCCCUCCUGCUGGCCGAAGGCUUCUACACUACCGGCGCCGUCCGGCAGGUCUUCGGCGACUACCGGGCCACCGUCUGCGGCAAGGGCUUGGGCGCCACGGUAGGCCACAAGGGGAGGGGGCCCCGAGGACACCGGCCCGGUCGCUCCUGGGAGCUGGUGUGUCACUGUGUGGGAAAAUGGCUGGGCCAUCCCGAUAAGUUUGUGGGCAUCACCUAUGUCCUGACCGUCCUCUGGCUCCUAGUCCUCGCCUGCUCAGCCGUCCCUGUCUAUGUCUACUUUACGGCAUGGACCACCUGUAACUCCAUCGCCAACCCCACCAAGACGGCCGCCGGCAUCGGGAACCUCUGCACAGAUGCCCGGAUGUAUGGUGUCCUGCCAUGGAACGCGUCCCCGGGAAGAGUGUGUGGCCAGAGCCUUCUCUCCAUCUGCAAGACAUCCGAGUUCCAGGUGACGUUCCACCUGUUCAUCGCGGCCUUCGUGGGAGCGUCAAUCACCUUGGUGGCUCUGGUGACGUUCAUUAUCGCGGCCACCUACAACUUUGCCGUCUUGAGGCUGAUGGGCCGGGGAACGAAAUUCUAACCCGGCACCCGCCCGGGGCCUAAAGACUCCCUCCCCAUUUCAUAAUCAUAAUAAUUGUAACAAUUGGUCUUAUUUGCACCCUGGACUGGUCUUCUAACCGUGAGGCUCUAACCAGGUGGCAGCCGGCCUCCUGUUCUAACUGCCCACCAGCCAAUCGGCUCAUCCUGAUUUGCCGGGGUUGGACUAGGUGACCCCUUGGAGUCCCUUUUCAAAUGCAACCAUGAUUCUAUGAUCUCACUCGACCCAGCCAGACCCGAAAACGGUAUUCCCGGUCCGGGGAUUUCGUUGGCGUGGGAAACCGACGUCGGAGAGAGAGAGAGGAGGUCCUGCUUUUCGGAGGAAAAAAUCACUCUGGCCCUGGAAGAUCCCGAAAAGAAAGUCUUUUUUUUUUGGAAAAAAUAAUAAUGGCAGUUUUAUGCUCCAAACGGGGGGAAAUUAUUCGAUGGGAUGACGCUAUUUUUUUUGUAAGAGGCUAAUAAAAUCGUAUACAGUGGUA